AUGCUGGAAGCUCUUGUGAUGGCCAUCUUGAGGUUUCUGGCUCGCAUCCUACUACUAUGCAUCAACUUCUGGACUUUCAUCACCAAUCUCCCUGCGAAGUGUACAGGCCUUGUACUAGCCCUUCUUGCUUUCGACCCAAUCGCGUGGCUCGGUUCGGCGAUAGCGCUUGCCCUAUUCAUGGCGGUUCGCUCAGGUUACCGGAUGAUUUUAGAGACCGCGAAGGUCCUCGCACUCAGAGAGGAGCUCGAGGCUGAACUCGAGCGUCAUGUCGCGCGCAGAACAAUCAGAUUCAACCGGGUGCGCGCAGGUACUUACGACGAGGGAACUGUCGUGCAGGGUAUCCACAUCAUUGCAGCGGACAAGUGGGACAUGGUUAUCUGCGGAAUGGAGAUUGCGGGUGGGCGGCGAGAUGGGCAUUAUUGGGCUCGCAUACGUGGAGCGGAUGAGUGGAUCAAGUUCGGAAGCCAGCUCGUCAUCAACGGCAAUGAUGUUACCGAAGAGGUGGUAAAGUCAGGUGGGCAUGUGGAUCUCCAAUGGGCAGAGACAGAGACACCACCAGAGUACAGACAAGACGCAGAGAGCAUCGAGAUAUAG